AUGCCCCCCAAUCGUAGCACGGUUGAGCGGCUGGACAGGCCCAGCUCGUAUGCGACGGCUAAGCGGAGGAGAUACCGCGCUGCCGAUCCAGACCACAGACGCCCACCGAGUCCCGAUCCAGAGGAAAAGCUCAAGGAUGCUACUACGCUCUACGUAGGCAACUUGUCCUUCUAUACAACUGAGGAGCAGAUACACGAGUUAUUCUCGAAAUGCGGUGAGAUCAAGCGCCUGGUCAUGGGCCUCGAUCGGUAUCAGAAGACGCCUUGCGGGUUUUGCUUCGUCGAAUACUACACUCACCAGGAUGCGCUGGAUUGCAUGAAGUAUAUCGGAGGGACCAAGCUGGAUGAGCGAGUCAUCCGGACUGAUCUCGACGAAGGUUUCACUGAGGGCCGACAGUAUGGACGCGGAAAAUCCGGAGGACAAGUCCGAGACGAAUACAGAGACACGUACGAUCCUGGCCGUGGCGGGUACGGCAGAGCUAUGGACGAUUUCGGCGGUGACGAGCGCGACUAUCGGUAG